GUUUGUGUCCAGAGUUGAGGAGGUGCUCGCUGAAUGGAAGCUGACUGAAAGCUCUGUGGAGAACUGGUCUUCAAAAAAUGGUGAAUCCAUCAGUGAUGUUUGGGAGGAGGAGUCUGAGGACAUCAGUUUUGCUGAUUUUAAGUUCUUCAUCUCCCACCACUUUCUGAAACAAGACUGUGAGAAGGAAGAAUUGAAGGACAAGGCUGAGGAAG